AGGUGGGGGCGGACGGGAGGUGUGAGCUCGCGUGUGCUGCGCUGCGGGGAGCGGCGGGGCGCGCCGCGGGCUGUCAGCGAGCUCUGCGCCCGCGGAUGGCGCGGGGAGGCGCGCGGGCCCAGCCCCGGUGGGACGCCCCCGGCCACGGCUGAGUCGCCGCGCCGCAGCCCGCGAGCAUGUCCCCUCGUGUCGCCGCGGCCCGCAGUGCCCGCGUCCGCUGCCCGCAGCUGUGGCCCCCGCGUCCCCGCCCCUGAUCCGUGUGCAGACCCCGGUGUCACAGCGCCAUGGCCGGCCAGGGCGACUGCUGUGUCAAGGUGGCCGUCAGGAUCCGGCCCCAGCUGUCAAAGGAGAAGAUUGAGGGCUGUCACAUCUGCACCUCUGUCACUCCUGGGGAGCCCCAGGUGCUGCUGGGGAAGGACAAAGCCUUCACCUAUGACUUUGUCUUUGACCUGGACACUUGGCAGGAGCAGAUCUACUCAACCUGUGUGAGCAAGCUCAUCGAGGGCUGCUUCGAGGGCUACAACGCCACAGUGCUGGCCUAUGGGCAGACAGGGGCUGGAAAGACGUACACUAUGGGCACCGGUUUCGACACGGUGACGUCAGAGGAGGAGCAGGGCAUCAUCCCCAGGGCCAUCGCCCACCUCUUCGGGGGCAUCGCUGAGCGCAAGCGGCAGGCACAGGAGAAGGGUGUGGCUGGGCCGGAAUUCAAAGUCAGCGCUCAGUUCUUGGAGCUCUACAAUGAGGAGAUCCUGGACCUGUUUGACAGUACCCGCGACCCGGACUCACGCCACCGCAAGUCCAACAUCAAGAUCCAUGAGGACGCCAGUGGUGGCAUCUACACCACCGGUGUCACGUCCCGCCUCAUCAACUCCCAGGAGGAGCUAAUCCAGUGUCUGAAGCAAGGGGCCCUGUCACGCACCACGGCCAGCACACAGAUGAACGUGCAGAGCUCCCGCUCCCACGCCAUCUUCACCAUCCAUCUGUGCCAGAUGCGCCUGUGCACCCAGUCCAGCCCGGUGAACGAGGCAGUGCCGGGGCUCCCCGAUGGCCCGGCGCCCGCAGGCGAGUAUGAGACGCUCACUGCCAAGUUUCACUUCGUGGACCUGGCAGGCUCCGAGCGCCUGAAGCGCACCGGGGCCACCGGCGAGCGCGCCAAGGAGGGCAUCUCCAUCAACUGUGGUCUGCUGUCCCUGGGCAACGUGAUCAGUGCGCUGGGCGACCAGAGCAAGAAGGUGGUGCACGUGCCCUACAGGGACUCCAAGCUCACCCGCCUGCUGCAGGACUCGCUGGGUGGAAACAGCCAGACGGUCAUGAUCGCCUGUGUGAGCCCCUCUGAUCGGGAUUUCAUGGAGACGCUCAACACGCUGAAAUAUGCCAACCGGGCUCGAAACAUCAAGAACAAGGUGGUGGUGAACCAGGACAAGACCAGCCAGCAGAUCAGCGCGCUGCGGGCUGAGAUCGCACGCCUGCAGAUGGAGCUCAUGGAGUACAAGGCGGGCAAACGGGUGAUCGGGGAGGACGGGUCCGAGGGCUACAGCGACCUCUUCCGGGAGAACGCCAUGUUGCAGAAGGAAAACGGGGCGCUGCGCCUGCGCGUGAAGGCCAUGCAGGAGGCCAUCGACGCCAUCAACAACCGCGUGACCCAGCUCAUGAGCCAGGAGGCCAACCUGCUGCUGGCCAAGGCCGGCGACGGCAAUGAGGCCAUAGGCGCUCUCAUCCAGAACUACAUCCGGGAGAUAGAGGAGCUCCGGACGAAGCUCCUGGAGAGUGAGGCCAUGAACGAAUCCCUGCGCCGCAGCCUCUCUCGGGCCUCUACGCGCAGCCCCUACUCCCUGGGUGCUUCUCCGGCGGCUGCGGGCUUCGGGGGCAGCCCGGCCCCCUCCAUGGAGGACGCCUCUGAGGUGAUCCGCAAGGCCAAGCAGGACCUGGAGCGGCUCAAAAAGAAGGAGGUUAGGCAGCGGAGAAAGAGCCCAGAGAAGGAGGCCUUCAAAAAGAGGGCGAAGCUCCAGCAGGAAAACAGCGAGGAAACGGAUGAGAAUGAGGCAGAGGAGGAGGAGGAGGAGCGAGACGAGAGUGGCUGUGAGGAGGAGGAAGGGCGCGAGGACGAAGACGAGGACUCCGGCAGUGAGGAGAGCCUGGUAGACUCCGACUCAGACCCUGAGGAGAAGGAGGUGAACUUCCAGGCGGACCUGGCUGACCUGACGUGUGAGAUUGAGAUCAAGCAGAAGCUGAUUGAUGAGCUGGAGAACAGCCAGCGACGGCUGCAGACACUCAAGCACCAGUACGAGGAGAAGCUGAUUCUGCUGCAGAACAAGAUCCGAGACACGCAGCUGGAGCGCGACCGCGUGCUGCAGAACCUCAGCACCAUGGAGUGCUACACGGAGGAAAAGGCCAAUAAGAUCAAGGCUGACUACGAGAAACGCCUGCGGGAGAUGAACCGGGACCUGCAGAAGCUGCAGGCGGCGCAGAGGGAGCAUGCACGGCUGCUCAAGAACCAGUCCCGCUACGAGCGGGAGCUGAAGAAGCUGCAGGCUGAGGUGGCCGAGAUGAAGAAGGCCAAGGUGGCCCUGAUGAAGCAGAUGCGCGAGGAGCAGCAGCGGCGGCGGCUGGUAGAGACCAAGCGGAACCGUGAGAUCGCUCAGCUCAAGAAGGAGCAGCGGCGCCAGGAGUUUCAGAUACGUGCUCUGGAGUCACAGAAGCGGCAGCAGGAGAUGGUACUGAGGAGGAAGACCCAGGAGGUCUCUGCACUGCGGCGCCUGGCCAAGCCCAUGUCUGAGCGAGUGGCAGGGCGCACAGCGCCGAAGCCCCCCUUGCUGGACUCAGGGGCUGAGGUGUCAGCCAGCACCACCUCAUCAGAGGCCGAAUCGGGGGCCCGCUCCGUGUCCAGCAUUGUGCGCCAGUGGAACCGCAAGAUCAACCACUUCCUGGGGGACCACCCUGCACCCACUGUCAACGGCACCCGCCCUGCCCGAAGGAAGUUCCAGAAGAAGGGGGCCAGCCAGAGCUUCAGCAAGGCUGCCAGGCUCAAGUGGCAGUCGCUGGAGCGGAGGAUCAUCGACAUCGUCAUGCAGAGGAUGACCAUCGUCAACCUGGAGGCCGACAUGGAGCGGCUCAUCAAGAAAAGGGAGGAGCUGUUCCUCCUGCAGGAGGCGCUGCGCAGGAAGCGGGAGCGGCUACAGGCCGAGAGCCCCGAGGAGGAGAAGGGGCUGCAGGAGCUGGCCGAGGAGAUUGAGGUGCUGGCAGCCAACAUCGACUACAUCAAUGACAGCAUCACCGACUGCCAGGCCACCAUCAUGCAGCUGGAAGAGACCAAGGAGGAGCUGGACUCCACGGACACAUCGGUGGUCAUCAGCUCUUGCUCCCUGGCCGAAGCCCGCCUCCUGCUGGACAACUUCCUCAAGGCAUCCAUUGACAAGGGACUGCAGGUGGCCCAGAAGGAGGCACAGAUCCGGCUGCUGGAGGGCCGGCUGAGGCAGAGUGACAUGGCGGGCGCCUCCCAGAACCACCUGCUCCUGGACGCCCUGCGGGAGAAGGCCGAGGCACACCCCGAGCUACAGGCCCUCAUCUACAAUGUGCAGCAGGAGAAUGGCUAUGCCAGCACAGAUGAGGAGGUCUCCGAGUUCUCUGAAGGCAGCUUCUCCCAGUCAUUCACCAUGAAAGGCUCUACCAGCCAUGAUGACUUCAAGUUCAAGGGAGAGCCCAAGCUGUCUGCCCAGAUGAAGGCCGUGUCGGCUGAGUGCCUGGGUCCCCCGCUGGACAUCUCCACCAAGAACAUCACCAAGUCCCUGGCUUCCCUGGUUGAGAUCAAGGAGGAUGGGGUGGGCUUCUCCAUCCGAGACCCCUACUACCGCGACAAGGUCUCACGCACCAUCAGCCUGCCCACCCGAGGGAGCACCUUCCCCCGGCAGUCUCGAGGCUCAGAGACAUCCCCUCUGACACGGAGGAAGUCGUACGACCGAGGGCAGCCUAUCAGGUCCACAGAUAUGGGCUUCACGCCCCCCUCAUCCCCUCCCACUCGACCCCGAAAUGACCGCAACGUCUUCUCUCGUCUCACCAGUAAUCAGAGCCAAGGGUCAGCGCUGGACAAGUCUGACGACAGCGACUCCUCUUUGUCGGAGGUCCUGAGGGGCAUGAUCACCUCCAUGGGAGGAGCCAAGGGUGCACGGACAGCCCCCCUGCAGUGUGUGUCAGUGGCUGAGGGCCACACCAAGCCCAUCCUCUGCCUGGACGCCACGGACGAGCUGCUCUUCACAGGCUCCAAAGACCGCAGCUGCAAGAUGUGGAACCUAGUGACGGGGCAGGAGAUCGUGGCGCUCAAGAGCCACCCCAACAACGUGGUCUCCGUCAAGUACUGCAGCCACUCGGGGCGCGUGUUCUCUGUGUCUACCUCCUACAUCAAGGUGUGGGAUAUCCGGGACUCGGCCAGGUGCAUCCGGACCCUCACGUCCUCAGGCCAGGUGAUCUCAGGGGACGCCUGCGCAGCCACAUCCACGCGUGCCAUCACCAGUGCUCAGGGUGAGCACCAGAUCAACCAGAUCGCCCUCAGCCCCUCAGGCACCAUGCUGUACGCCGCUUCGGGCAACGCCGUGCGCGUGUGGGAGCUCAGCAGGUUCCAGCCUGUGGGCAAGCUGACCGGCCAUAUCGGCCCCGUGAUGUGCCUGACUGUCACCCAGACUGCCAGCCAGCACGACCUGGUGGUGACCGGCUCCAAGGACCAUUAUGUGAAGAUGUUUGAACUGGGUGAGGGCGUGGCAGGCACCGUGGGCCCCACCCAUAACUUCGAGCCCCCACACUACGACGGCAUCGAGUGCUUGGCCAUCCAGGGCGACGUACUGUUCAGCGGCUCCCGGGACAAUGGCAUCAAGAAGUGGGACCUGGAGCAGCAGGAGCUCAUCCAGCAAAUCCCCAAUGCCCACAAGGACUGGGUGUGCGCCCUGGCCUUUGUGCCGGGCCGCCCCAUGCUGCUGAGCGCCUGCCGCGCCGGCGUCAUCAAGGUGUGGAAUGUGGACAACUUCACGCCCCUCGGGGAGAUCAAGGGCCAUGACAGCCCCAUCAACGCCAUCUGCACCAACGCCAGGCACAUCUUCACGGCCUCCAGCGACCUGACAGUGAAGUUCUGGAGUGCACGGCGAUUACCCAGCGCCCCCCACUAGGAGCCAGGCCAGAGGCUGGCCCCAGGACCUCUGGCCCCCACAGCCUGACGGCAUGGAAGGGAAACUGUGUGCCCAGCGGCCAGCUACCCUGGAGACAGUGUGGGUGAUGGAUGGCCCCUCUCCUGCUCUCCUUCCUGUCCCCAGCCCCUUCCCAGCCUCUCAGGAGAGAGGCUGGGGAGAAUAUGAAGCUGUGAAGCCAAAGGGCAUUUCCUCCUGUUCUCUCCCCUGGGCCCCGGGCCUCCUGCUGAGCUGGCUGUGUCCUCUGGCUGAGCCGAAGGACCCCUUGGGGCAGUCGCCAUGCCCCUCCAUCCACAGACCUCCCCCGCCUCUCAGCCCAGCCUCUGAGCCCCUGCACCUGCCUCUGAGCCCCCAAAGCUAGUCCUCAGGAAACCUUGGGAACCAGGUGUAGGCGGCUGGGCCCUGCAGACCCUGAGCCCCUGCCCAGCUGCACCCCGAGAUUCCUCGGGGGCCUUCAAUGAAGAGGCCUCUGGGGAGAGGCCCGGGACUGUUCUGUGCUUUUAUUUAUUAUGUUGGUGUUUUGCUGUUGCCUCCUGGAAACCAACUUGAAGUUUCUUCCCACAUGUUCUCCCUCUCACUCUGGGGGGCCAGGUGUCCCCAAGGGUGUCCAGUCUACCUGUCCUUCUGGCCUCUCCUGCCUCUGAGAGCUUUACAGAGAUGGGCAGUGUUUCCAGGGCCGCUCUGCAGCUUAUACCCCAUGUCACCCAGAGUGGCUCCAGCCUGGCACCUGUGUGCCUUCCUCCACCCAGGCCUGGCUCCCUCCUGGGCCUUACACCAGCUAUGCCUGUGGCGCCACCUGUGUCUUCUCCCCCGAGGGCUCUCUCACCCACUCCCCUCCUGAAGAUGGGGCAUGCACCUCACAGCCCAGGACCACACAGGAAGCGGCUCAGAGAACUAUGUUGACCUGGCUCAGAUGGUGAGAACGGCCCUCCCCGGCUCCCUGGCACCUGCACCCAGAGCAUCCCCCCUGCGUUCUUCUCUCCAGCUCUUCAGGAGACACAUGCUGGAGCCUUAAACCAGUGCGGGGUCAGGCCAUGCUGAAGGAGGAUUUGAUGGCUUCGGGAGGAUGAUAGCAGUUACAUCCAUGCUUAUGAGCCCCCUCUUGCGACAGCUUGGAAUUUCCAGGACAGAGCCCAGAAGGUCCCUCUCUGUCCCUCUGCCUGAGUCUGUCCUCACUGCUUUUCUGCUGCUCAGCUGGUCCCUCAGGGGAAGCCUGGAACCCCAGCUCUGCUCAGAAGUUGUAGUGGCUUUUGGACUUGGCACCUCUCUUGAGCUUACUUCCUGCUGGCUCUGAGGCCUGAGAGCACUGGCCAGUUACAAAAGGAAGAACAGAAAAACUGCUGAGGCCUGAAUGCAGCCCCCUCAGAGUGUCCCCCUACCCAAGCUAAGAAGGCUGUGCUGCUCUGCUGUGAGUGGCCCCUCUGGGCUUGGGGGUGAUACCCUUUGAUAGGAAGAACAUGGGCAGGGCUGCUGGAGCCUGCGGCUGUCUGUUCAAUGGCCCGGAGUCUCCCUCCUUCCAGUCCCUGGGCUGGGGGCAGGGGGCUUCUUCAGCAACUGAGAAGUCCGCACACCUGUCACCCUACCCUGUCCCUCUGUCUUGAACAGAGCGAGCUCCAGCCUUGGCACCUGUCAGAAAGACUCCCUCUGCAUGACUGUUUACAAACUCUAGAAACAAGAAACUGCACCCCAGCCCCACCUCCCACGGCCAGCCAGGGUGCCUGCCUAGGGCAGGGGCUGCGCUGUGGCUACAGAGCCUGUCCCCUUCGCAUCGCUGCCCGUCUCCUGCUGUUUCUGACGGCUCAGCUACCUCAUGGUGCUCCAAACUUGAAACCUUCCAGGAGCCCUGGGCUGCCCGGCCCUGGAGUCUCGGCCCAACUUUUUCAGGGAUGUCCAAGGCACACAAUUCGGGGCAGGCCCCCCCAACUCCACUCUCUGCACAAGUACCCCUGGUGUGGGAAGCACAAAAUGGUUUGGAUUUGAGCACAAAAGUGGGACUCGGGGCAGGUGGCGAGGAAGGGCCUCCAAGUUGACUGAAUUAGACUAAAGCUUGCCUGUGGGGACGAGGAGUGUCUAUCACCCCAAGGCCAAUCUGGGACUCAUCCUACUGUCUUUUCCUCUUCUGAGCCCGUCUGGAGACUUGAGGCUGGGCCACUUCAGGUUGGGCCAUACCUGAAUCCCUCACUCAAACCCAUACCCCACAUUCCUGAACACAGUUCUGUCCAUGCUGCCCACUGCAUUCUCAGCAUCUUCCAACCCCAAGGCCCCCCAGAGUCCCCCACCAUCCCCAGUGUUAACCAUGGCAGUGUUUCUUAGGGCUGCCGUGAGGAAGUCUCAGCUGCCCUCUUGCCCCCUCCCCAGUGCUGCCUGUGAAUCCCCAGCUCCAGACCCAGAAACCGUCCACAGGGAGGUGCCAGUUUGGGCACAGGGCAGUUAGAAGCACAAAGCCACCUCGGGGAGGCCUGCUGGCCGGGACUUCUCUGCCACCCAGGUGGUGGCACAGGCAAGCAGGUGCUCUGCUGUCCUCUGCCUCAGUCCUGAAGGAUGCUUUCUGGCCUGUUGCCCUGCAUUCAUCACCAUGCUUGUGUGAGUGGGUGUGAAUGGCCCAGAGCUCCAGUGUCUGCCCUUGGCAUCUCAGCCAGGAAGUAGGUCCAGUUCCGGAGCUGUGCAUCAUCACCCACAGGCCUGCACCGCCCCAGGGCCUUUGCUGUCCUCUCCUGGACCCAGGGCCUCUGCUGCCCCUCCUGUGCACGGACAGAGCCUCCAGGCUAGGUAGGUCGUCCCUUCCAUGGCAGCCAAGUCCACCCCCACUCCCUGCCUGGUCCCUUGCCUGUAUGGCCAGGGUGGUCGGUGCAGGCCCGAAGGUGAAUCAGGCCUCAUCCACACCAGCUCUCUCAAGGUCUACCCUGUUGGAGCCGCGGGGGCUGUCCUCGGGCCCCCCUGCACCCCCGCCCGCCUCAUGGCCAGCACAAGGUGUAGAUAAGUUUUGUACCUCUGCUGACGACUGUACAUAGUGUACGAGAGUUAUUUAAGCCCCCGCCGUACAUUUCUGUUCCUAGACGGGAUGUGUGUUCUGAGACAUUGUCAUAAAUAAAACCUGAAUGACCAGUG